UUUUUAGUAUAAAUAUAGAGGCAGUGCUCGUUCGGGGUUUGAACUUUUUCGUUCGCGUCAGCGGGUUGGCGUUGCUUUCCGAAAGCAAAGCAGGGCUGGGAGGGACCGACGACGACCUCCGAUUCCACCGCUCGUCUCCUCUUCCUCUUCCUCUCCUCUCUCCUCUAGGGUUUCUCCCUCCGCAGUGUCCAGAUCUCCCCGUUCGUUCUUCUUCUGCUGGCCCAUUUAUUCCUUUCGUCCAGGUCCCUUUUCUCUGUAAUUUUGUUGGAGGGCGUGGUGGCGUGGCAUGGCGUGGCGGGGCAGGGCAGGGCAGCCACGGUGGGCACAUUCAUUGAAUUCCUCAUGUGAUUCAGUUUCAUGAUGAUUGAGUUGGCAAUUUCGCUGGUGAGGUUGCUUACCAGCUCAGGCGGUUACGCGCCGUCUCUCUCCGGUUGGCUGGUCACUGGACUAUUAGGAUUUUUCGCUGUCAUAUACGCGUUCCUCAAAUGGCAGAGGAAGACAUCGCUGUAUUGGGUUCAAGCUGCUGCCAAAGCAAAGAAAAAAGUCUGGAAAAGGCUCAAUGUCCCUCUUUCUUAUCAUGUCUGGAUAGAGGACUUUGCUUGCAAUGAGCAGCCGUCCACGUGCUGUGUCUGCCUGACCUCUCUUGUGUCCCCUAAUUCUCUCAGUGUGAAAGUGGCGCCUUGUGCUCCCGUCCACAGGUGUGUCGUUUGUGGCGUCGCGGCUCAUUCUGAUUGUUCUCAGUUUGCUGCAAAAGGCUGCAAAUGUGUAGCUCAAGCUGGUUUCAGCCAUGUGCAGCACCACUGGUCGGAGCGAUGGGUUGACGUGGAUGAAAAUCCAGAAACGUCUUCCUUCUGUUUUUAUUGUGAUGAACCUUGUGGAGUUCCUUUCAUAGACGCUUCUCCCACAUGGCACUGCUUAUGGUGUCAGCGCCUUAUACACAUCAAGUGUCACGCGAAGAUGUCUAUCGAAUCUGGCGAUGUUUGUGAUCUGGGUCCUCUUCGAAGACUUGUCCUUUCCCCACUUUGUGUGAAAGAAGUAGAUGAGGAGACCACUGGAGGUGGGGUGCUAGCGAGGAAAAGGCGCAGCCGUGGUAAAAAUGGUAGCUCAAGAUCUCUUAACGGUAAGCUGCACAAUGGCCCAGAAGCUAAUGCAGCCUUCGGGUUCAUGUUCAAUGGCCUUGUUAGCUUGAAGAAGUCAAGUGCUGACAAGAGUCUUGACCACUUUAUUAGAAAGGAUGGCAAUGUAUUUGUUACAAAAGGAACAUUCGGAAGGUUGACUCAGAAAAAGGGUGACAUUCUCAACUUCGGGCAGCUCAAGAAGUACCAAAUUGUUGAUUUGCGGCCGGAUGUAAGACCGCUGCUAGUUUUCAUCAAUGCCAAAAGCGGAGGACAACUUGGGCACUCCCUUCGAAGGAGAUUGAACAUGCUUUUGAAUCCUGUACAGGUUUUUGCACUUAGUGCUUCCCAGGGGCCUGCGGUUGGUUUAGAGAUGUUCAGAAAUUUGCCAAACUUUAGAGUCUUGGUCUGUGGAGGAGAUGGAACAGUUGCAUGGGUCCUUGAUGCAAUUGAGAAACAAAACUUUGAGUCACCUCCCCCAGUUGCUAUACUUCCUCUUGGCACAGGAAACGAUCUGUCAAGAGUUUUGCAGUGGGGGAGAGGUUUCUCCAGUGGAGACAGUCAAGGAGGCUUGACUACACUCUUGCAUGACAUUAAUCAUGCUGCAAUCACGAUGUUAGACCGCUGGAAAGUGAAUAUUACAGAAGAAAAGCAGGAUGGGGGCCCUCAUAAAGUUCAUUCCAAAUUCAUGAUGAAUUAUUUAGGUAUUGGAUGUGAUGCUAAGGUUGCUUAUGAAUUUCACACGCUUAGAGAGGAAAACCCAGAGAAGUUCUACAAUCGGUUCGUUAACAAGUUACGCUAUGCGAAAGAAGGUGCAAAGGAUAUAAUGGACAGAGCUUGUGCUGAUUUGCCAUGGCAAGUUUGGCUUGAAGUUGAUGGUAAAGAUAUCCCAAUUCCCACGGAUUCUGAGGGUUUGAUCGUCCUCAACAUUGGCAGCUACAUGGGUGGAGUAGAUCUUUGGCAGAACGAAUAUGAGCAUGAUGACGAAUUCAGCCUUCAAUGCAUGCAUGAUCAGAUGCUUGAGGUUGUCUGUGUUUGUGGCGCAUGGCACCUGGGCAAGCUUCAGGUCGGACUAUCACAGGCGAGGAGGUUAGCCCAAGGGAAAGUCAUAAGAAUACAUACAUCCAGUCCUUUUCCUGUCCAAAUAGAUGGGGAACCCUUCAUCCAACAGCCCUGUUGCCUAGAAAUAAAGCAUCAUGGGCAGAUGUUCAUGCUGAGAAGGGCAUUGGAGGAGCCAAGGGGACACGCAGCAGCAAUAAUGACUGAGGUAUUGGCAGAUGCCGAAUGUAAAGGAAUCAUCAACGCCUCUCAGAAGAAAAUCUUACUUCAGCAAGUGGCUGUUAACUUGGCAUAAGUAUCAUGAUCGGGUUUUCCUCUCAUAGCCCAGCUGCUUCUGUAUUGACAUCGCCACACACUAUCAGUUCACUCAUACCUUAGCGAUGUGAUGUUUGCUCAUACCCGCUGCUUCUUUUCUAACCAUUUUUUUUGCUAUUACGAUUACUAAGUCAGAUGCUAACUUUUGUCUAGAAGAGGCUUUUCCUUUCCCCUGUUAAGAGAGAGAGACACAGACGAAAGAGAUUUUGUAACUCUAUUGUACAUUUAGUAAAUGAAUGAACACAUACAGACUCUGUUCCUUGUCC